ACAACUUUCCCACCCCCAAACCACCCACCCUCGAAGCACACAGUCACACACCACCUCCACUUGAAAACUUUCCAGACUCCACUUUUCUUUUUUUUCCUCCAAUAUAGCAAUAGCUUUCCUAUACAAAACGCACGCACACACCACCAUUUUCCAUAUUCCUCUCUGAAAAGGGAAAAUUAAGUCAUUCAAGCUGGCGAUUGAGAAUCAAGAAACCCCUGUUUUUGAAGUCAAGCCUAAAAACAAGAGAAUCAUGGGAGGUGAGGAGGAAGAGAACAGAUGGCCGCCGUGGCUGAAGCCUCUGCUGAAGGAGCACUUCUUCGUGCAAUGCAAAUUCCACGCGGAUUCUCACAAGAGCGAAUGCAAUAUGUACUGUUUGGAUUGUAUGAAUGGCGCCCUCUGCUCUCUCUGUUUGUCUCAUCACCCCGAUCACCGCGCUAUUCAGAUAAGGAGGUCUUCGUACCACGAUGUGAUCAGAGUGAAUGAAAUCCAGAAGUAUUUGGACAUAAGCUGUGUUCAGACAUACAUAAUCAACAGCGCCAAGGUCGUCUUCUUGAACCAGCGCCCUCAGCCCCGCCCCGGCAAAGGCGUCACCAACACCUGCCAAGUUUGCUAUCGCAGCCUCCUCGACUCCUUCCGCUUCUGCUCUCUCGGCUGCAAGAUUGUUGGGACAUCGAAGAACUUCCUAAAGAUUCGGAGGCGCUCGCCGGAGAAGAAGGGGGCGCCGUGUGAGUCGUCGGAGGACUCGUACAGCAGCAGUAGCCAUAGCCGGAAUACGAGCAGGUUUCCUAGCUUCACGCCUUCGACGCCGCCGCGUAUGGCGUUGAAUUUCCGGUCUGCGAAGCGGAGAAAGGGUAUUCCUCAUAGAUCCCCAAUGGGAGGUCUCAUGAUAGAAAUAUAGGGUAACUUAAACUUAAAACUUUGCUUAACCUUAUGAAGAAGAAGAAGAAGACAUAGGUGUGUUUGUGUUACUCAAAGUAUUAGUAGUUUUCCUACUACUCCUACAUUGUAAAUAGAAGCAACUAUUGUAUACAAAUGUGAAAUAUAGACCAGACUAGAAACAAAAAAUAAGACAAUGUGUAAAGUUUAGUGUGGAACUUGAGUUCUAUGAAAAAUAUAUACUAUACUUUGUAUA